AUGUCUGAGUGGUGGCUUUACGACUAUCCCUCCCCAUUGGCCGGCUACGAAAAUGCACCGCCACUUUCAGAGGAGAAGAAUGAUGAUGGCAAGAGCUAUGUCAAUCCAAAGUCGGACAAGCUGAGCGCCGCCUACGAAAGCUUUCCGGAUCCCAUCGCAAAGGACCGGCGGGGAGGCUUCGAUGUCCAUAUAUAUUACCUCGUAAACAAUAAACAGCAGACAGAGUUUGCGCGAGCUCUAUGGGAACGUGUCCGUCGCGAAUUCCCCGAAUUGCGCGUCUACCGCCUGUGGGACAGACCAAUUGGUCCGCAUCCCGUUGCCAUGUUUGAGGUCAACCUCUUUACUCCGCAGCAGUUCGGCGCCUUCAUCCCUUGGCUCGUCAUCAACCGAGGACCUCUGAGCGCUUUGCUGCAUCCGAAUACUGACGACGAGCUGCGAGAUCAUUCCCAGCGUGCCACCUGGUUGGGACAACCAAUUCCUCUGGAUCUCAGCAUAAUUGAUCCAAGGAUCAAGAAGGCAAAAUCCUGA